AUGCCAAGCGAUGCAAAAUCCAUUAAAGACUUGUCUUUGCUAAUUAAAAAGGCUCCACAAUACCAAAAAGAAUUAAAUAAAUUUAGUACACACUUUCAUUUGGCUGAGGAAUGUAUGAAUAAAUAUAAAAAUGGAAUUGAUAAACUUUGUAAAGUGGAACAGGAUUUGGCUUUGGGAAUGGAUGCUGAGGGUGAACGUAUUAAAGACCCAAUGAAAUUAAUGGUACCUCUAUUAAUUGAUCCAGCUGUGAAAAUGGAGGAUAGAUUGCGUCUUAUUCUUCUUUAUAUCCUUCAUAGAAAUGGUAUAACCGAUGAAAAUUUAAAUAAAUUGUUGCAACAUGCAAAUAUUCCACAUAUGGAGAAAGAAACACUUGUUAAUGCUUCUCUGUUAAGCUUGAAUAUUACUAUUGAUCAAGGCAGAAAGCGUGUUUGGACCCCAACUCGUCGUGAACGUGGAAAUGAACAAGUUUAUCGUGAAUCUCGUUGGGUCCCUAUAAUUAAAGAUAUAAUGGAAGACGCAAUAGAAGACAAAUUGGACAUUAAACAUUUUCCAUUUUUGGCUGGACGUCAAAUUAGCCAGCCAUAUCGCGCUCCAACAAGUGCCCGUUAUGGCCAAUGGCACAAAGACCAACGUUAUUCACAAAUGCGUUCAGGCCCUCGUCUAAUAAUUUUUAUUGUUGGAGGUGUAACCUUUUCUGAAAUGCGUUCGGCAUAUGAAGUAACACGUUCACAAAAGGCCUGGGAAGUUGUUAUUGGUUCUGAUCAAAUAAUUACACCGGAACGAUUUUUGAAUAAUUUGCGAGAUUUGAGUAAAAAACAGCAUGAAUAAAUGAGAAAAGAGGUUUUUUUGAGAGAAGUUUUGGAUAAGACCCCGUAAAUUCUUUAAUAGAAUCACC